AUGUGGUGCUAUCAACGCCAGGAUGGCGACAUAGAUCCUUCACAUAUAGCUACAGAAACCCCAACUAUUCGGCGAGAAGGAAAUGGUAUUUUUUGGGUCAGCCAGAAUGUCAAACCUGUAUUCGAGAUGGCGACACGAAAAUGGUACGACUGGUAUUCGCCAGAAGACACGCCUGAGGAAAGAAAGUUGAUCAGAAAACUGGACCUGCUGAUCGUUCCCUACGCCUUUACAGUAUACUGGGUCAAGUAUAUCGACCAGGGAAAUAUCAAUAAUGCCUACGUAUCAGGAAUGGCAGAUGAACUUGGCUUCCAUGGAAACGAACUGGUCCAUUUCCAGACUAUAUUCACCGUUGGCAAUGUCGUCGCUCUACUACCGUUUACGUACCUCUUUCCUCGAGUGCCGAUGCACUAUCUUGUUCCUGCCCUGGACCUUAUGUGGGGUAUCUUCACUCUGCUGCAGUACAGAGCCACAAGCUAUUCAGAAAUCAUGGCGUAUAGGUUCAUGGUUUCGAUCUUUGAGGCAUCAUACUUUCCCGGAGUACACUUCGUCCUUGGAUCCUGGUACAAGAGCAACGAGAUCGGUCGACGCGGCGGAGCCUUCUACGUCGGCCUCUCCCUGGGCAUGCUAACAGCUAGUCUAAUGCAAACUGCCACCCUCAACACCCUAGACGGAGUCCACGGCCUCGCAGGCUGGCGCUGGCUCUUCAUCGUCAACGCAUGCGCCACCCUACCGCUCGCCAUAAUCGGCUGCUUUAUCUACCCAGGCACAAUUGACAAACCCAACAGACUCGUGAUAUCAGAGAAAGACCUUGUCCUCGCACGCGCUCGCCUCGAAAAACAAGGCGCCAAAGUAAAAAGCGCCCCCUUCUCCUGGGCCCUCGCGCGCAAGAUCUUCCUCACAAAGCGCUUCUGGCUCGUCCUCCUCUGGGACAGCCUCUUUUUCAACUCGAGCGCAAACACCGCCUCCUUCCUCCUCUGGCUCAAGAGCCUAAACCGAUUCAGCGCCGCGCGAAUGAACGAGCUUAACUCCAUCAGUCCCGCACUGGGAAUCUUCUUUAUUCUGUUUAUAAACUUCAGCACGGACCUCUUCGUCGAGCGUGCGUGGGCCAUAACACUCGCGUCAGCAUUCAACUUUACGGGUCUUGUCAUACUAGCGAUAUGGAACGUCCCCGAGGGGGCAAAGUGGUUCGCCUACAGCGUGCAGUACUCGGCUGUUGCCGUGUCGUCUGUGCUGUACGGGUGGGUGAAUGUCAUCUACCGCGAUAAUAUCGAGGAGCGCGCGGUCGUGUUGGUGCUGAUCACCGCGAUUUCGACCAUGUGGACGUGCUGGAUUCCGUUGUUCACGUACCCGACUGUUGAGGGGCCGUGGUUUGAGCAUGGAUAUGUCUAUUCUGCGGUUAUUACGGCGUUGCUGGUUGCGAUGACCUUUGUUAUCCGUUACGUGUAUGGGACCAAUGGUGAGAGGGAUCGAAGUUUGGUCGUGGGGCCCAAUGUGCUCGAUGAGGAGAGUGCUAAUAGUUCGACCACGCACGAGGCAGUUGGAAGCGAUGUUUCGAAAACAGGCCAUGUUUCGGUUAGGGAAGAUUGA